AACAGAUUCAGUAGGCAGUGAAAUACAAACAAUUUUUGGAUCGACUUCAUCUUCGACAUUUUGACUGUAUUUUAUUGAUAAACAGUUCUUCAAGUUUAUUCUUAUUAAUCUACUUUUUAUUUUUCAUGAUGAAAAGUAAAAAUUCGAUACCGGAAAGGAAGUGAAGGGCUGUAACUACAAGGAGAUUGGCUCUCCACCCUUGCAGCAUUUAUCAUCCAUCGCACUACAAAGAGGACCUGCAGUGCCAUUACUCUACAAAAAUCGAGGCUAGGCACUUAUAAUGGAGAAAGAUACUAAGGAAGCUAAAAGCAACACACCAUCAACAGAGCUUUUACCAAAGCCACUUGAAACAGCCGAAUUGACUAAUCCAUGUGAUGGUCCUUCAAAUUCUUCAAAAUCAAUUUCGAAACCAGCGCUUUUGCCAGAUCCACCACAAGCUCAAUUAUUAUCUAAACAAAGUAAGGGUCCUAUCAAACCACUGAUGGAACUAUCUGUUCAGCCCCCAGCUUCUCUCAUGGCAAAGAGCUCACCCCAAACAGCUCAAUUGUCAGAACCAGGUAAAGGUCAUAUCAGACCACUCAUGAAAUUAUCUGUUCAGCCACCAGUUUCUCUCCAGCCAAAUUUUAGACCGCCAAUUUUACCAAAUCCACCAUUAUUAGGACUUUUGCCUCUACCAAUCCUUCCACCCUCAAUACUCCCAUUAUUGGGACUCUUACCUCAACCAUUAAAAACUGUUUUGCCAAAUCCUAGUAUAGGACAUUUGAAGCCUCUCAUUGACCUCUCUGUAAAGCAACCAGCUGCUUCACAGUCACAGUGGAGACCGGCAAAUGUUCCAAAACCAGCUGAAUUGCCAAAACAAAGUGCACCUAUUAAGCCACUCAUGGAACUGUCCAUUGAGGUACCAGCUGCUUUCCAAUCAAAGUUGAAAGCGACCUCUGAGACCAACAAGCCACCAUUUGAAGCUCAGCCUCCAACAGAUUCUGGUAAUACGCAUCCCAGUUGGAAGUCUUCCUUUGAAGACUUGAAACCAACAGACAGACCACUUUCAAAUUCCUCCUCAGAGAUUUCCUCUUCACCAGAAGACAUGCCUGGCAAAUGGAGCUACAAUAAUCGAGGAGCUAAGCAGCGCAACAUUCCUGGUGGCACACGGUACUGGGCCAGAAAGACAAUAAGAUGGCUGGACUACACUCGUGUUGGCAAUCCUUUGAGAGGGACUCCAUUCAUUUGCUUCAAGACUCCACUCAAAAGCUCUUUCGACCAAAAAAUUGAACCACAAGAUAGGUUUACCGUCGAAGACUUGGUGAAAAUUGUUCCUAAUCUGGGAUUAAUCAUAGACCUCACUAACACUGACCGAUACAAUGAUAUUUCUGAAUAUCGCAAGAGAGCCAUCAAGUACAAGAAAGUGAUGUGCCAAGGACAUAUGGUUCCAAGUUUGAAUUCAGUCAAGCAAUUUUUCAAUGCUGUUGACGAGUACGUCUACAAUCCACAAUCAGCCGGGAAGCUGAUUGGCGUCCAUUGCACUCAUGGCGUGAAUAGAACUGGCUACCUUGUUUGCAGAUACAUGAUUCAACGAUUAGGAUUUCGUCCUAAUAAUGCCAUUUCAGAAUUUGAAGAUGCUCGUGGCCAUGGAAUCGAACGUAAAGAGUACUUGGAUCACUUGAAGUCAGAAAUGGAAAAUAUGCCAUACAAUAUUGGUAAAGCUGGUGCUUUAAAUAAAUUCCUCAAAUUCAAUUUCGGACCGAAAUCUACAAAUUCUGGAAUUCCAGAACUUGGUUCUCGCAUUCUAGGUGGUCCAGGGGAAAUGUUUACUGAACCAGCAAAGGACUUUUUCCCGAAUAGAGGACCCCCUGACAUGCGCAGAGAACCGAUUUUUCCUCAAGAAAACGAGAAAGAUUAUCGCCAAUGGCAAUCACAACCUCAAACUCAGCCUCCGGAGGAAGACUUGAGAGAUCGGCUGAUAUCUGGCUUUGUGAGGAACUUUAACAACAAAAGCGGCAAUGAAAUGGCUCCUGAAACAUCUUUCCAGAAAACGUUCUAUCCACGUUCCAACCCUGGCAGCCAGUACCAACCAGAAUCCAAUCGACCUCAAAUGGGUCCCACGGAUGGGGGACUGGCUCCAUUUCCAAGAGGAGCACUUGACCAACGACACACUACGCAGACAGGUGAUUACUUUGAGCCUGGAUUUUUUGAAUCAAAUCAAGAAGUAGAUGAUAUGGGUUAUACAAGAAGGAGGAAUAAUAACUAUAAUAUUGGCCCAAAUGAUAAUUUCUUGGUGAAUCAAGGUGAACGUGGUAUGACAGACCAAGUAGGACCAAUGCAGAGAAGUGGAGAUUACAAUUCACCUGGGGAUCAAGGCAGACCUGGAAUUUUGAACAGAGUUGUUCAGUCAUUAUUGAGAGGCAGAGAGUCCUCUAAAUUUCCUGGAAAUCAGGGUAGGCCUGAGAUGCCAAGUCAAGGUGGGCAAAGUGGUAGAGAUUUCCCUCCUUUCCCUGUGGAUCAAGGUAGAUCAGGAAUGCUAGAGCGGAAUGAACUAUUCAUAAGAGAUAGAGAUUUUCCUCAAUUCCCUAUGGAUCAAGAUAGACCUGGAAUUAAUCAAUUUGGAACAAUGCAGAGGGACAGAGAUUUCUCACAAUUUGCUAACAAUCAAGAAAUACCUGGAAUGCAAAACAACAUUGGCCCAAUGCAGAGAGACUUCUCUCAGUUUCCUCUAGAUCAAGGUAGACCUGGCAUCCAAAAGCAAGUCGGACCUAUUCAGAGGGAAAGAGAUUUAUCUCAAUUGUUGGAUGAUGUUGGAUCUAAGAGGUUGGCUGCAUAUGGAACUAUCAACAGAGAUGAUGGACCUAUUCCAGAUAUGGCAAAAAUGGGAGGCUCUGCUCUUAUGGGUCCCAAUGUGAAUAUAUUAUCAUCAGCACCAUCAAGUGUGAUUCCUACGGGACCAAAUUGGAAUCCUAAUACUGGUUUUGGAGGAUUGAACUCAGGAUCAAAUGCAAUGACUAAAAAUAAUCCAGGUGGCAAUUUCAAUACUGCACCAAUGCAAGGCAGAAAUGACAUUCCUAUGAGUAGAUCAAUGGAUUCUGCAGCUAAUGACAACUUCCCUCCAACUGCCAUUUCCAUCCGAGAUAGACUUGGUGAGCCUCCUAGUCGCGAGAGAAGCAUGCCAGACAGGCAGUUUUCAAGCAAUUAUCAAUCUAGAAGUAGGAGUGGAAGUAGAGGCAACAGGCGAUCUCGUUCUCGAUCUCGAAGCAGGGAUUAUAGGCGAUCAAAAAGCAGAGAUAGACGAUCUAGGCGAUCUAGAAGCACUUCUAGGAGGAGAUCUAGGAGUAAUGGUCGAUCUGAAAAGAGAAUGGCCAGCCAGUAUGGCGGAGAUCUUUUCACAAGAAGAGGAGAAGUGGCAGAUAAAAGAUCUAGAAGCGGAGAUCGUUCUGAGAGUCGUAAUCAGUACAAGAAAUAUGAAAAAGAUUAUGAUAGAGAACCACAAAAAGGUUUUGAAUCAGUCAAUGUGGACUACUCAUCAAAUCCUCGAAGACUUGAAGAAUGGAGACCAUAUGAUGAUGAAAUUUUGAAGCAGAAACUGGAACAAAUAUCUGAAAUGUCUGACAAGAUUACUAAAGCAGUAAGUUUGAUGAGAACUUUCAAUUUCCCACAAGAAUUCUAUGAUGAUCCUAAAAAUAGAGAUUUCAUAGUUCGUGCUCGGAAAUUUCAAACAUUGUCUAAUGAAAUUGAAAACUCGUUGGAAAGCUUCAAUAGCAAAUACGGUAAAUCUGAUGAAACUCAUUGGAUUGUGUCCAAAAAGACAGUGAAACUGGAUUCCUCUGAAUAUAGGAAGCUGCAACCCCCUCCAGAAUUCAUAGACUUGACUGAGCCUGAGUGUCCCAGUCUGCCCAACCUGCCCAUGCAAAUGAGAAGAGGUCCUUCCGAUUCUCGUCCCUUGGAAUAUGACCAUAGCCGGCAGCAAUACAAUCCUCCAUCUGGAUACUGAACAUGUCGUUACAUCUUGACUUCAACUGCAAUCCUUAUUCGGUUGCGCCAUUUUCUUCAUCAUAUACUCGUUAAUUACUCAAUUUGAUAAGUGAAAAAGUUUUUCGAUGUAUCAAGAUCAAUUUCACCUAUUUUAUUUAGUUUGCUUUCUUCAUAUAAACACGAUCUUUAGAAAUUUUGUGAAAUAAUGGUGAAAAACUCAAAUACUGAAUGAUGAGUUUUUGCUGCAAUUCUUUUGAUUUUUUAGCUUUCAUGAAUUUCUAUCAAUGUUUGUAUCUAUUAUCUAGUAUAUAGAUAUUAGUAUGUAGAAUUCACCAACGAUCUAUUACAAAGUUUUAUUCAAGAACUGUAUUCUAUCAUGGGCACAUAUUCUACAGAAGCAUUCACGUACAUCAUGAAUAAUUCUUGAGAUUUAUGAUGGCUUUCAGUUUAGCUUAAUUAUAAUGGAUAUAGAACUAUUUGUAUUUUGUGUUCAAGUCAAAUAUUAUCUAAUAUAUUAGUAUGUUAUGCAGGUAGGCCUACAUCCAUUGUGUUCAUUUAUUCAGUCAUUCUCAGUUGAUACAUAGUUAAUUCAGUUAGUUAGCUGGCUUCCUCCUAAAGGCCGGGACACACAAAACUGCACCGAGCCCGCACCGACGUACGGCCGAGCUAAACCCGCGACACGGUGAUGGUGGUAGGAGAACACACGUACUCCGUGCGACAGCCGAGCGCAGCAGUGUCUCAGUUUUGUAGUGCUACUGUGUUCUGAUUUCAGAAUGUGAUCAGAAAACUAUUCAAAUUGUGUUAAAUUCUAUGAGAUUUUGACAUUAAUGCCAAAUUGACAUUGAUUUUCACAUUGUGCCACUGUGUUCUGAUCUCUGAAUGUGAUCUCUGUUUAUUAUCUCAAUCAUGUUUUCGAAAUUUCGGAACAGUGAUUUAGCAAUGAUUGCCUUGACUCUAGAAGAAGAAAGAGAGAAAACAUUAAUUAGGCGAAGGAAGAGAACUUGGGUGGAUAGUGCCUGGAAAUCAAGACCCAUUGAGGGAGAAUUUAGUACCCUGUUUCCUCGUCUCAUGGGUUAUGAAAUGAAGUUCUACGGAUAUUUUCGUAUGACAAAAAAUACUUUCCAUCUUUUCUUGAACAACAAAAACCCUUGAAAAAACGAUACUUUCUGGAGGAAAUGUAUUCCCUCUAUAACUAUAAUGUAUUCCAUAUAUAACUGCAAUAUCACUCAUCACUUUGAUCGUACAAAACUGGACAAUUCCAUAUCUCUUCACUCUCCAUGUUACUCGAGGUCGCACCGUCACCGUCAAAAAGUUACCUGAACUAGUCGGUGACGGCGCGGGCAACAAACACGGCGUCGGUGCUGGUAUGUGUCUACACGUUUAAAAGCCUUUGUUUUCUCACUCGCCGUAGUACGUCCGACACUCGACCGCACUUAUGUGUAUCCCAGCCUUGAAUCUGCAUCUCUUCCAAUAGUUCGAUUUUUAAAAUCUAGUUACCAUAUUGAAUUUUAUCAACACUCACUACAUUUAAAAACGUUGAAAUGGUUUGAAAUUAUUGUGACUUAUUCACAGUAAGUUUAUUAUUGAGAAAUUGAAAGUAUGAAAUCUUACAAAUUAGUCAACAAAUAUUGUCAAAGAAUUCAAUAAAUAAGCAUGAACCUCAUCUUCCCAAAGUAGGCCUACCUAUUACGAAUAACGUGUAUAUGGUUGUUAGUGAUAUGUAAUGACAUAGAUAUAUAGAUCAUAAACAACUAAGCUUGCACAUAUAUGGUUGUUAAUCUGUUAGAAACUCUUACAAAGGUAUUUAUAUUAAGGUGUUAUUUUAGAAGCAUCUAUCAUGCUCUCACACAUGUAGCAGCAUCUAGAUAUAUGAUAUAAACGUAUUGACUUUUAUGUAAAACCCAAUUUCAAACCGGGGUAAAUUAAAUGGUAAUAUGCUGAAAUACGGUAUAUUUAUUUUAAUGAUUACAAUUAAAUAUAUUAGGAAUAUAGAGUUGAUAAAAUCCAAGUACAGUAUAUGCAUCCUUAGUUUUCAUUUUGCAUAAUGAACUCAAUUCAAAUAAUCCUAUUAUGUGAAUUAUCAAAGUGAUUGAUAGCCACCAACCUACUAUUUUAAUGUGAUCUUGUAAUGGCUUUUAUACUUGAAUAUUAGUUGCUAUCACCUAUUGCAGAAAGGUGUUAUUUUUUUCAAAAACUUAUCAAGUUUUACAUGCUCAUUUUUAUUCACUCCUAACGUCAUGGUAACUAUUUUUGAAAGUGCGACAUUGACUAGUACAGAUCAUGUACAAUAGUUUUAUUCAAUGACAUUCUACAAAAUCCAUUGCAUGAAUAUAUGGACAAGUAGUAUCACUGACUCCUGCAAUACAACUCAGUAGUUUUAGAUUGUAGAUUUCAGUCAGUUCAUGUCUUAUUACAAAUAUGUAUCGCUCCGGGAAUAAAGAUUGUUGAACUUGUUCCUGUGAUUUGUCAUCAAAGAUAUAAACUAUUUUCCACCUCUACCUGAUAAUCUUGAUGACCUCAAUCAUUGGAUCGUUGCCGUGAUUGCUGAAAUUAUGUCAAUAUGUUGAAUAUAGUGUGACAAGAAAUCGAAUUUCAGUGAGAUUUACUAUUUCAGUCACAUCUGAUCAAAAUGACAUUUUCACAAUUUCCUAAGUAAUUAUUUUAAAUGUGCGUUUAAACGUUUAUUUUGCUUUCAAAGUUUUAAAGCCAUUCUAUAAUCACAUUGCCACUUAUUAUCUAACACAUACAAUAUAUUGUAUUGUUCUUUCCAAUGUAGAAAUCUAAGUUAUCAUAUUUUCAGUAUGUUUGUGAAAAUGUUGAAAUCUAGGCUUGUUCAAUGUCAUGUAAUAUUGUUCGUAAUCAUCAAUAAAAAUUAAAUGAGUAUAAAAAUAA